AUGUUAAAAUGCUUGUACUUUGCUACAUCAACACCCUUGUUCAGCUCACUAGCAAUCUCCCAAGCUACACCCUCACUACAAGAUCCUGUUCCAAGGUCUUGGCAACUAGUAGGUAUGUACCACGAAGAUGACAAAGACAAGCUUGUAAACAUACCGAAAGUAUCAUUGCAUUUGUUCGAUGUGGACUCGGGUGAAAUCCCAGUAGUUCCAGAGAAUGAACAAGGCCUGCACAGUCUGGUAACCCACAGGAACAAGAUAAGAUUUCGCAUGCGAAACUGUGAUGCACCUAAAAAUGAUCACUUGUUGUGUAUAUACAAGCAGCCGGAAGGAUCUAAAGUAAGUGAAAACCAAACAAUAAUAUGAUAAGUAACAGCAGGGCAUCUAUAAGCAUGGGUGGUUAAAUGCCAGUGGAAGCUUUGAAACAUGUGUGAUGUGCAGACUUCCCCAUGUUGUUCGAAAGGGUUUCAUGAUCAUUGCAUUUUCAUGUUUCAAGAUGGUGGGGCUGCUUGAGCAAGGACGAAAUUGGAAAUUGCCAUCAGUUUAAUAGAUGAUACAGAAGACGCCGAUCUUGAAACAAAUAUGGUAAAUCAAUAACCAGUCGGUACGACCACUGGCUCUACCGUAAGUGAAUUAGUUUCUGCGCUUGAAAGAGUAUAUCUUCAGGCAUGUUAAAGACCAAGCCGAAUUGGCUUUAGCCAUUUUUGGCAAACAUGCAUGGUAAAAAGUGUUUUAAACCAUUGUAUGGCUUUUUAUCUUUGCUGGUCAACGUUUUUCAACAGUGCAAUGAUUGCGUAUGGCAUAUAAAAAUGAGUGGGAUCUGUGCAACAAAGUUGGAGGAGUUUACAGUGCUGAGAAACUAUGACACCUCAAAAUUGUACCUUGAAUGGAAGCAAGUUCUCGGCAUGGAUGAUUAUGGUUCUCUUCAAGUUGAAGCUUGAGUGGUCAACCAACAUGUCCUCCAACAUUUUUGGAGCUUUGUGGCACUAAAAAGGGAAUCUAAAUCGGGAUCCGAGAUUGUCAUUGACUCUGUAAACCACAAUGAGACACCAAAUCUAGUUGUCGAGGACGAAUCAGAAAAGGAAGCAAUCUUUCGCCAUGCUGCCUGGGCAGUGAAAUGAACAUGUGACCAAAUUGUUUCUUUGGCAACAGGCAUCAACAUUAAAAAGUUGAAGAAUGAAAGCACCAUCACUAUGGUGACAAAGGGGUGUUUAGUUUCAUUUUUGGGUAGGAUGGGCAUUGAUCAACAUCAAGAUACUGGGAAAUUUUUGUUCAUAAUAAACCAUGCUUUACUGAACUUUUUCUAUUUUUAUGCAUAAAGAGGCACAUAUUUUUUUCAAAUGUGGUAUAGAUAAUGAUACUGUUAUUCAUUGUUUAAAGUACUUAUUUGAAAGUAAAGAUUUAUGUGCUGAGUGGAAGAGAGCAAUUGGUGAUUUAUUGGGUGAUGAAGAAGAAGCAGCAAGUAUAAUAAUUUUACAACGAAUAACAUCUAUGUUUGUCAAGUCGAAACAACAGAUAAUCUGGGAACAACUUAAUCUAAAACCUCAAAGUGAGAGCUUAAGACAAACAUUUGCAGGCAAGAAAUAA